AUGCGCUUCGCCGCAUCUCCGCCGAAACGCAAACCGCGCCUCAUUAGCGUCGGUUCUCUUUCCAUUGACGAGCAGAUCGAUGAUACUUCCGACCAGCUGGCAACGGAAGUAAGACCUCUUUACUUAUGGUUCAUGGGGAUGGUCAGUGAGGAAGUUCACGACAACGAGAUAUUUCUCCGGGAGCUGCCUUACGGCAGUGAAGGUAGUGAUACCAGCAGCUAUGAUUCGUCCAGCGAGUGCGACCCAAGCAGCAGUCUGCACAGCAGUAUGAGCAGCUUUUUAUCUCGAGACUGGGACCAGCCCAAGGUAAACUUUCCACCCAGGACGCCAUAUGACGACAAGAUUGAAAUGGAGUAUUCAAUCAGCGAUAAAUGCAACAAGGAACUCUACAGUUCCAGUCUGAUUGUGAGGCCGACCUUACUUACAUACACCAAGCCAUAUGGAGUUGAGGCAGUACGAGUUGGCCGGGAGGGAAACCCGCAGUCAGGCUGGACAAUCAGCAGAUUUGACGCCGGCCAUUGGCUGUACCGAUAUGGUAUUUGCGGCAGUUUGGAAGGCAUUGCUACAAUUACAACGUAG